AACCAUUACACAAAUUAAACACUCAACUGAACCCCAAGAUCAAGAUCUGCUGAUCUGAUCUUACAUCUUCACUCCGCUACUUACUUGUUCAACUUCAUCCUCCUAUCAGACCACAACUAGUCAUCCAUCCUCCACUUCCUGAGACAAAUUAAGUUACUUCCUUACCCGUUUGAAGCAAUGGCCAGUCUAAUUCCAGAACUGUCAUUAAAUGGCAUUUCUUCCAUGGAAACUACUGAUACAAUAAUAAUAAGUUAUUGGUUGAACUGGAGAGUUUUGGCGUGUGCAAUAUGGGUCCUAUUGGGUAUGGCCUUAAGUGCAGUUCUAAUAUGGAGAUAUGAAGGCGACAGAAACCGUAACGGGCCAGGAUGUGUGUACGAGGAUGAAGUUUGGGGAACGUGUUCGAGAUCUGUAGCUCCUAUUUGGCUGCUCGGCUACAGGCUUGUCGCCUUCGUUAUACUGCUUGCAUUGCUUCUUGCUGAUGCCAUUGCUUCUCGUGCUCAAAAUUUUAAUUAUUAUACCCAGUGGACAUUUGCCUUGGUGACCAUUUAUUUUGGGCUUGGUUCUUCCCUCUCUAUUCAUGGCUGGCUACAUUAUUAUUCUCACCCUAAACUGGAACUGAAAAAAUAUGAGCUUGCAAAUGAAUCAUCAUCUAAUUGCAGAAUGUCUGCAUCAGGCUGGGGAUAUGCCUUUCAAAUACUUUUUCAGAUGUGUGCUGGAGCUGUAGUGCUCACCGAUCUCGUCUACUGGUUGAUAAUUUACCCAUUUCUUGUUGCAAGAAACAUUCAAAAUUUAACCUUUCUGGCAGUGUGUAUGCAUUCUGUCAAUGCUGUUCUUCUCCUCGGUGACGCAAUUUUAAAUCGCCUGCGAUUUCCAUUCUUCCGCGUAGCCUACUUUAUUCUGUUUACGGCUGUAUGUGUGAUUAUCGAAUGGAUCAUCCAUGCUUGUUCAUCAGUGAGCAGCUGGCCAUAUGAUUUUAUGGACUUGUCAUCACCAUAUGCUCCCUUUUGCUAUGUGGCCAUGGGGUUGCUGCUUUUUCCGUGUUUCGGGAUCUUUUCCUUUGUUUUCCUCAUAAAGAACCGUUGCUUAUCAAGUUGCAAGAAGAUGAAAACAGUAUAGUGAUCAUCUGCCGAAGCUCGUUCGUAUCUAUAUAUAUAUAUGUCUUGUUUUUUAUUUGGGAUUGUAAACUGAGUGCUGGUGUUGAAAAUGCAUCAGUAUGGACCUGAUUUAUUGGUAACCUUCGAAUCAUUUUUAAUAGUUAAUCCAAUAGUUAUUAAUAAAAAAGUUCAAAUCAUAAAUUGA